CCAAAAGGUCUCUACCUCACUAAGCAAUUUUCAACACGUGGAAGUGGGAAAUACGCAGACCGUCUCACGCGUGUAGAUUGGAAAAGAGUGAAAACGUGAAGGACUGAAGCCAAUUUGACCGAUAAAAACAUGGCUCAGCAAGUGAAAGAUAUGAUGGGGAGGAUGGGGAAAGGCCCCGCUGGCCUCGGUACUGGUGUGAAGUUGGUUUUGGCGGCUGGGGCGCUUGCUUAUGGGGUCAAAGAAUCCAUAUACACAGUGGAUGGUGGUCAUCGAGCGGUAAUCUUCAGUCGUCUCGGGGGCGUUCAAGACGGGAUUUAUGCUGAGGGACUGCAUUUUAGGAUACCGUGGUUCCAGUACCCCGUCAUAUACAACAUCCGCUCCAAGCCAAGAAGGAUCUCUUCACCCACCGGAAGCAAAGAUCUUCAGAUGGUCAACAUCAGUCUGCGUGUCCUGUCCAGACCCAUGGAGGCCAACCUUCCUACCAUCCUGCGCCAGCUGGGCACAGACUACGACGAGAGGGUCCUGCCGUCCAUAUGCAAUGAGGUUCUGAAGGGUGUCGUAGCAAAGUUUAAUGCUUCACAGCUCAUUACUCAGAGACAGCAGGUGAGUUUGCUGAUUCGUAGGCAGCUGACGGAGAGAGCCAACGACUUUGGCCUCAUCCUGGACGACGUCUCCAUCACAGAACUCAGUUUUGGUAAGGAGUACACAGCGGCCGUGGAAGCCAAGCAAGUAGCCCAGCAGGAAGCCCAGAGGGCCAUGUUCCUGGUGGAGAAGGCCAAGCAGGAGAGAGCACAGAAGGUGGUACAGGCCGAGGGUGAAGCAGCGGCUGCAGAAAUGUUGGGAAUGGCCAUCGCCAACAAUCCAGGCUAUCUGAAGCUGAGGAAGAUCCGAGCUGCACAGAACAUUGCCAGAACGGUGGCUUCGUCUCAGAACCGCGUCUACCUGAACGCCAGCAGCCUGAUGCUCAACCUAGGGGACAAGGAAUUCUACGAAGACUCCGAGAGACUGGGCAAAGCCUCAGUGAAGAAGUAGCUCUGGA